GCAAGACACCUUUCCUAUCACUGACAUCUCGCUCUGUCCCUCAGUUGCGCUUCCCUUCGUGUUCUUCUGGAUUCUGUCUUCCUCAUAUUAUUUCUGUUUCCUAUUUUUAUGAAUCCUGUCACUUUGUGUGUCGCUGCAAUCCUUGGUACUUGCAAGAUCCGGCUUCUACGGACUUUUCCCUGAUCGCAUACUUUGGUCGGAGAGAUUUGUGCCACAGCUUAUACGCUAUCAGCUGAACCCAUACUCUUCGGCCUUAUCCUAUAAUUGAAUUCGGUGAGUUUUGAGAUACGUCAACAUGCAAGAAAGGUUGUAUUCAAUCUGUGUCUAUCCGAAUGUCGUCCUUGUGGAGAAUGCGCCAUAAGAGCAUCAGACUGCGCAAGGCACUUCAUUUGUCUACGUCGAGACAGCCCUACCAUGGAUGCGAAAGAAAUCGAGCUCAAAGCCAAAGCCCUGACCAAGGCGGCGACGUCCGGCGAUCCUCCAGCAAAUCUGAUUAAUAUUUUGAAAGACCUUCAGAAAGGGGUGCGGCCCACAGAAGAUCUCCUCCGCUCGACCCGGAUUGGUAUCGUGGUGAACAAACUAAAGCAGCACAAAACACCGGACGUUGCGCGACUCUCCUCCGAGAUUGUCUCCAAAUGGCGAAGCGAAGUUAAACAAAAGUCGAAUGGUUCUCCAACUCCGAAUCGCUCGAGCACACCAAACACGGGCGCGGGGUCGCCCGUAUCAGUGAGCACACCUGGAGAUAGAGCGUCCAAGUCAUCGGUACCGCCCGAAAAGCGCACAUGGAAAGCCGACGGCGUGGAUACCAGUGUUACAUCAAACAAAACCCGCGACAGCUGCUUAGGGCUUAUGUAUGAUGGUCUAUGCUUCAUGAGUACUGAAUCGCCGAAGCUCGUGCUUGCGAAAGCAACCGCCAUCGAAACCGCAGCUUUCAUUGCGUUUGGCCCUGAAACGAAGGAGCAAUACAAGACGAAGAUCCGAAGUCUCUUCCAGAAUUUAAAGAAUAAAUCUAAUCCCCAACUUCGACAGCGCUUGCUGUCCAAUGAAGUGACACCUGAAAAAUUUGUUAAAAUGACGCAUGAUGAACUCAAGUCCGACGCACGCAGAGAAGCGGACAAGAAGAUUCAGAAGGAGAACAUGGACAAGGCAAUGGUCGCCCAGGCAGAACGAAGUAUCAGCUCAAGCUUGCAGUGCGGAAAAUGCGGUCAACGCAAGGUUACAUAUACCGAGGCGCAAACACGCAGUGCGGAUGAGCCGAUGACACUGUUCUGCACGUGCUUGAAUUGCGGAAAAUCUUGGAAGCAAUGAUUUUGCUUUUUGUCUUUUUUCUUUUCUUCCCAAUUUUUCCACCUCAUUUUUAUUUAUUUCUGUCUUGGUUUUUUUUUGGCAGUGUAUGCAUGUCGAGACUACUGCUCAUCUCGAAAAGUGAAGGGAGUUAAGGGGUUUUUAUUCUUAUUCAACCAUGUAUCUUUAUCAGACUUUCCCAUACGCCUUGAUGCUACCUCGAUAUUUCCUAUUUCUAACAUAGAAUAAUAACUAGCU